UUAUUUGUUGGUUUCUUUUGUUGUUGUUGCGGUUUUGAUUUGUUAUAAUUUGUUAUUUUUUCUAGAAAAGCGAUUUCUGUCGAAUUUUAAUCUAUAUUCCGGUUAGAAGCGUACUCAAUGCGCUAUUUAUAAAAGCAAUCACAGGCCCAGCCAAAAACCCGUUAAGAUCUCUUCAGCUUUGCAUCUGCCAAAUGCAUCUGUGUGCGUGUGGAACAAGAAUAAAGCCGAAAAAGUAACAAAUUGCACGACCGCAAAAAGAAUGUUUCUACUACACUGGCGCAUUCUCGAAUAUUCGCUGCUAUCUAAACAAAGUGAGGUAUCAAAAGAAUAAGUGAGGAGCGAGGGAAAUUCGAGCUGCGAUCAACGAUAAUACAACGAAUAUUUAAGUUAAGGUGAAGGGGAAGCGAAAGGAAGCGGAGUGAAGCGGCAUGGAUUUGUACUGUUGGGGCAACACAUCCCGCGGUCAGUUGGGACUUGGCGGGAUUGAGGAUGAGCAGAUAUUGGUGCCCAGCAAGAUACCUUGGCAGCCGGAUUCGGCAGUACAACAGAUAGCCUGCGGUCAUCGUCAUACACUCUUCCUCACGUCCAGCGGCAAGGUGUACGCAUGCGGGAGCAACGAUUACUCACAGCUAGGACACGAGCUGCCCACCAAAAGGCCACGUAUGUCGCCAUUUCUGGAAAUCCCAGAGCUGCAGGCGUAUGUGGUUACCCAAAUUGCCUGCGGUAGUCGUCAUUCCAUGGCGCUAACUGAAUGGGGACAGGUGCUCAGCUGGGGUGACAACGAGUGUGGCCAGUUGGGACAUGCCAGCGAUCAGGAGAUUAUCCAGCUGCCCAAAAUUGUGCGCUAUCUAGUCUCCAAAACGGUGGUUCAAAUCGCCUGUGGCAAUAAUCACAGCCUGGCUUUAACUUGCUGUGGCGAGCUGUAUUCCUGGGGAUCCAACAUAUAUGGCCAGCUGGGAGUGAAGUCGCCCAAUGAGCUCCAACAUUGUAACUAUCCCAUGCGACUGACCACGUUGCUGGGCAUUCCAGUGGCUGCCAUUGCCUGUGGCGGCAAUCAUUCCUUUCUCAUCUCCAAGUCAACCGCAGUCUUUGGCUGGGGACGCAACAAUUGUGGCCAGUUGGGACUCAACGAUGAAACGAAUCGUGCCUAUCCCACACAGCUGAAAACGCUUCGAACGCUGGGCGUACGCUUUGUCGCCUGCGGAGAUGAGUAUUCUGUCUUUCUGACCAACGAGGGGGGAGUAUUCACUUGUGGAGCUGGUGCAUAUGGUCAAUUGGGGCAUGGUUUCAACUCCAAUGAGAUGCUGCCCCGUAUGGUUGUGGAGCUAAUGGGUAGCACUAUUUCCCAAGUCGCUUGUGGCAAUCGACAUACGUUAGCAUUGGUGCCAUCACGAGGUCGGAUCUAUGGCUUCGGUCUGGGUAGCUCCGGACAAUUGGGCACACGUAACACUAAAAGUCUAAACCUGCCCCAGAUGGUCAUCGGUCCAUGGGUUUCGCCUAGUGGCUCUGCAUUGCUGCAAUCUAGCGAUGCAGAAGUCUCCGUUGUGAUACAGCAGAUCUUCUCUGGCGGUGAUCAAUCGAUAGUGACCACCUCGCUCUAUGUGGAUAAAAAGCCGCCUGCAGACUGUCGCAUUUAUGAACCCAAAUCACAGAUCCUGGCGCUUACGGCGGAUGCCACAAAGCAAUGUGCCCGCUUCAAGGAAGGCGAUCAAAGCGAUCUAGAUCUGCUGCACUCAAUGGAACAGAUAUUCAAAAGCCAAGCCUGCCUUAACGGCUCCUUUUUGCUGAGCCAGGACCAGCACUUUGGAUGUUCCGCCCGCAACUAUGGAUUGGAUCUGGCAGCUGCUCAGUUGGCUUUCGAUAAUCUACGCAAAGUGGAGAAUCAGAGCAUCAAGCAAGUAAUCUGGGAUAACUUGACGAAGGAUCUGCUUGGUUCACUUGUCCCCUCACCGGCGGAUGUGGAGAGCAUGCGUCUCUAUCUAUUACUGCCUUUAUAUCAUGAGUUUGUCAAUUCCAAACACUACAAGACACUGCACGUACCCUUUGCCCUUGCCACAUUCAAGCUGACGGAUAAUCCCCGCAAGGUGCUGGAAAAAUGGUGGAGCCACACUCCGUCAGAGUAUUUUGAGCAAAUGGUAAACAACUUUCUGCACGUGGUGAUGCACAUCAUCAGCUUUAAGAUGGGCAUUGAGGUCAUCAAUCACAAUGAACCGCGUCAGAAAAAGCUCUUGCCCAAUAAUAAGGAUUUGGAAAUUGUUCUGCGGCUGCUGGAUAAUCUGUGUCGCGUAAACAAUUUACGUGAGGAUCGGCUAAGCUAUCAGCUCUUUCACUGGCCAGAUCUGAUGGACUAUGUAGAUGUGCAGCAGGAAUACUUCCGCUGGACAAUGUUUGAGUCAACUAACGACUUCAACAUCUGCAACUACCCAUUCCUGUUCGAUGCUUCUGCCAAGACAGCGCUGCUCCAAGCGGAUCAGCUCCUUCAAAUGCACUCAGCCAUGGCGAACUCCUUCAAUGCAUUUCAUGAUCUUCUCGGGUUUGGACAAAUCUCACAGUUUAUUGUCUUAAAUGUUACGCGAGAGAAUAUUGUCCAGGAUUCACUGCGUGAACUGCAGCUUUAUAGCCAAAGUGAUCUUAAGAAGCCGCUGAAAAUCAAAUUUCACGGCGAGGAGGCUGUGGAUGCGGGCGGCGUACGUAAGGAGUUCUUUAUGCUGCUGCUAAAGGAUCUAAUCGAUCCCAAAUACGGCAUGUUCAAAGAGUUUGAGGACUCACGCAUUAUGUGGUUCGCCGAUGUCAGCUUCGAAACGGAGAACAUGUACUUCCUAGUUGGUGUACUUUGCGGGUUGGCUAUAUAUAAUUUCACCAUCAUAAAUCUGCCUUUUCCACUGGCGCUUUAUAAAAAACUUUUGGAGAAGCCUGUCGAUCUAAGCGAUCUGCGGGAAAUGUCGCCCACAGAGGCCAAUUCCAUGCAGGCACUGCUGGACUAUGAAGGGGAUGACUUUAAGGAGACAUUCGACUUGACCUUCGAGAUAUCCCGCGACGUUUUCGGCGAGUCAGAGACCAAGUCUCUUAAACCCAAUGGAAGCAAUAUUGCCGUUACGCUGGAAAACAGGCAGGAGUUUGUUGAUCUCUACGUUGAUUUUAUAUUCAAUCAAUCCGUUGAGCUGCAUUAUCGCGCCUUUCAUAAAGGCUUCAUGAGGGUAUGCUCUGGACGUGUUCUGAAGAUUUUUCAGCCGGAGGAAUUGAUGGCCGUUGUUGUCGGAAAUGAGGAGUACGAUUGGCAGGCAUUGGAAGACAAUUGCGACUACAAGGAAGGCUACACGUCUGGCGAUGAAACGGUAAAAUGGUUCUGGGAAGUCUUUCACGAUCUGUCCGAAGAUGACAAGAAAAAAUUCCUACUUUAUUUGACGGGCUCUGACCGUAUACCCAUUCAGGGUAUGAAAGCCAUCAAGAUCAUCAUACAGCCCACACAAAAUGAACGGUUCCUUCCCGUUGCACACACCUGCUUCAAUCUAUUGGAUCUGCCACGCUAUAAGACCAAGGAACGACUCAAGUUUAAACUAUUGCAAGCGAUACAGCAAACUCAGGGCUUUAGUCUGAUCUAAUCAUUUCAUCAUCUACGCGUAUGUUGAGUACAGGUAUUUUUUCGAGAAUUUAUAUAUUAAUUUUUGCAUUUGAAUUGGAUUAUAAGUUAAAAAAAUAGAAAAGCUAAAACACACAAUUCUUUUCAGAGAUCAAAUCAACUGAAAUAUUAUUGUGUUAUAGUUUAAGCAAACGUUUUUAGUAUAGUUAACACAUUGUUAUACAUAUAAAUUUGUGAAUUAAAAAUAAAAGGAAGUAUGAAAAGUGGCGUGCCUAAA